CUUAUACAUCUUAAUUGUGUCACCCACCAUCCACUCAGAAGAUUGCACGUUUAAUGUGUUAAAGUGUCCUUCGGCAUGACACUGAACCCCACAUUGCCUCUGGUGGUUAUAGGUUGGCGCUAUUGCUCGGCACUCUGUGUUGGCCCUUCAAGGAAGGUAGAAAGUGUUAAAGAAGUCAAUGCCACUUACCAUUUUGUUGAUGUUAAACAACGUCCUAAUCAGUCAUUGUCAUUUAAGGAGAAGGUUGGCACGGCUAAAGUUUUCCAGGCGGCCGCGGUUCAGUGAUCCUGCAGUUGUUGUCGGUUUCAUUAGUGACAAGAUGAGGGGAUAAGGCCGUCUACAUGCUUACAGAAUAAAAUAUGAGAGAAUGGAAUGACUUUGUGUCACUCAGGACUCUGUCUUUUAUUAUACAAACAAAAUCUGGUUUUCUCAUAACCAGAUAGUAGAUGUUGUUAAGAUUAGAAAACGGGGAGGAAAAAAUAGGGUUGGCCGUUUUCAGCUUCCGUACUAUACUACCUGUCAAAAUUUCACAAAAGGAAAAGUACAGCAGACUAAGCCUCGUUUCCAUUGAGCGGUCCGGUCCGGUACAGUAUUUUGAGAGUGUAAAAUGGUCCAAUUAAAAAGUAUCAAACCAUACCUCUUGAGGGCCCCCAUCCACUGUAGGUCCAUAGAAAAAUACAACAGGACAAUUGGCGUGGAGACUCUGUAGCCACCCGUUGAUUGGCAGAAAUUGAUGACGACAUUAGAAAGCACCAACAUAGCCUUAAGAUAGCUUUUCCGUUUUCUUCUUUAUGGCGGAAUUGUUCUUAGCUGCCCACAAUCUUCUUUCAAAUAACAUUAAAUUCCUCUUAUACAUGAUGUACAAAAACAAAACAAGAGAGAGACGAUCUGCUGGAUGACCUCCAUUGUUGUUUCUUUUCCAGUAGUCACACUACAAUGACACGAUGACAUACUAGCAGUCUAUGCCACGCCAGUGCUGUGAAAACAAGCCGCUCAGAGGAAGAUAGGCUUAACUGAGUGGAAAGGCUUGUCGGAAUUGGCAGAAACUGGACCAUACCAUACCACUCCUUACCAGACCAGACCCUACUGGACCGCUCAGUGGAAACAAGCAAACAACUCUACUCAUUUGACUGUAACAGUAUGCAUGCAAAUAAACAGGUCAAGAAUGUGUCAUUUCUGCACACAAACAAAUAAUCUGUAAAAUUUGUGGCCACCAAGGAGUGUCUGUUUUCCAAUGUGGACGAUAAGGAAUGUUACCCUCAGACCCCCAAUGAGAGGGAGAAGUGGUAACAAGGUAUGGAAUGGUAAAUGGGGUAUAUAGCACUAAGGUCCAAAGCACUUUACUGAGGUAACUUGAAUAUCUUGCGAUAAAGAAAAAAUAUAUUUUAAAAAAUUAGGAUUGGAAGGAAGAUGUUAAGAAGAAGAUAUUAGACCAAAAAUAAUUAUUCUGACAAAUAAAAUGAAUGAGAAAUAACUGUUUCUCAAUAGAAGUAUAUAGGAUUUUGACCUUCUCGGAAUUAGUGGGUACAUCCUAUUUGGAGCAUGAGGGGGGGGGGGUCGAUAUGUCCAGUGAAAAUACAGUCAAUGCAGAGAACACAAGCCAAGCCCUGCUGGAAAGUAGUCCCCCCGCCCCCGACAGUCAUAAAUACAGCCAGGAUGAGUGCAGAUGGGUCGCCACUCCCCAAGUCAGUCAACCAUGUCUCCUUAGUUUCGUUUAGUAUUAAAAAAAAAGUUGUAAACCUCCCCCUUUACACACAUAAACGAUGUGUAAUGUGGAUGAGAAAAGUUCAGAUAAUUCCUCAUAAAACAUGUUAAAACGAUUUAUCUUUAAAAUGACUGUAGGACUUUGACGUGCUGUAGUGAUCAGUCACAGGACUGUCACGAGGAAACUGAACGUAGUCUCAAUAAAUGUACAGAUUACAAUGAGGACAGUACAAUUCUUAGUAUUUUAUUUAAUAGAUUCAACGUGAAGUACAUAAAGGCAUAGUAAAAAGGCUAUAAAUUGUCAUAAUUGAUAGAAUAUGGGCCUAGAUCAAAUAGGACAAUCUGUGAGUUACGACUGAAAAAAGAACCAGAUAUUUAAAGGUCCUUCUUACCGUACCCUGUUUAACUUACAGGGAUGGAGAUAGAAAAAAAGCUUUGUCCCUCAAUUUUUGAGUCAAUAUUAGUAUCAUUAUAUACAAGCUUCCUUAAGCAUUAUUAACCCCUGUGCUCUCUCUCUUAUGGGGUCCAGAUGACCCGACUCUCAUAUUGAUGUGUGAUCCCUCCCAUGACAAAGGUAGACAGGAUUUUAUGUCUGUCAGCACAAGGGUUCAUAGAUAAAGAACUGCUGUUUUAAUAUUUAUAAAAGUAAUGAAACAAUUCGAAACAGGUAUUUUUGAUCCUUUGUAAUGGCCUUCCACUCUGUUGUCUUAUUUGUCAUCCUUCUAAAGUCUUCUAGCCCCCCCAUACAAAAUGUUCUAGCUCCGCCACUGUGUGGUUGAUGUAUUUUACAUCAAAUUAUUACCAGCAGGAUUUAGGAUUAGGGUACACAGAUUUAUUUUAUUCUUGAAGAUGACAUUUGAUGAAUUUACUUUCUAAAUCAGUGUGUUGGGGUUCAAACAGGACGUCAAUGAUUUUUUUUUGUUCUGUUCUGCUUUUGUGCAGGUGCAUCAUUUUUGCCCCAAGGAAAGGUGUAAAACUUUAUAUGUUAAUGAGUAUGCAGCAGCCAGAGAUUCUACAACCAGAUAACGUUUAGUGUCUGACACUUUUUAUUACACUCAUCAGCAGUAGAGAGAUGUAUAAAUGAGAGUAAAGCGAGUGUGGAGGUGACUUGUCUUCUAAGAGGUGGACAGAACCACAUUCAGGAUGGCUACACUGGACCUGAAGACCCUGACCAGCUCACUGGGCAUCACACGGAUACUGGAGCUCAUCUCCAACUGUAUCUGUUUUAGUUUGAUGGCAUCAGAGGGUCUCUAUGACUUUUCCAUUUGGAUUUGGUGCUUGUUCACCUGGAGUUUCAGCUUCUGCACCACCUUACUCAUACUCAUUCUGGAACUGUUUGGCCUCAACCAGCAGAUGCCCUUUUCCUGGAAUGAUUUCACCGCUGCCUACUCCAUUGGUGCUACCCUAAUGGUGUUUUCAUCAUCUGUCAUCGUGUCUGUGGGCUUCGCUACAUCUGGCUACGCCAAAUUCAUCGCCAUCACUAUUUUUUCAACUUUCUCUUUUGGCUUGUAUGUGGGUGAGGUUCAUUCAAUACGGAAGAAAUCGGAAGAGAUCAGUGCAUUUCUCUCCACCAUUCCGGGCUUUCUAAAAAUCAUUGAGGCCUUCGUCGCGAGCAUCAUCUUCAUCUGUUUGAGCUUGAGUCUCUACCCUUAUUAUACAGGACUGAAGUGGUGUGUGUCCGUUUACUCCAUCGGCUUCAUAGUUGACAUGUUGUUCAUCAUUACAAUAAUCUGCAGACUGGAGUCUCGGCUCCACGUACCCUUGGAUAAAGUCAUGCUGGUUUUAAAUGUGAUGGGAACAGUGAUGUACAUGAUAGCUGUGAUCCUCUGGCCGGUGUUCGGCUUCAAACACAUUACCAGUGAUGGCUGCUCCAUUUCUGCUUUCUGUCUGUGGAAAAUUGCCAUUGUUAUCACUUCCAUGACAUGUGUCAAUUUUGUCAUCAACGUUGUGAACUUAGUUUAUUCUGUGCGAAAACAUUUCUGCAGUCAAAUGUAAAGAUGUUCAUUAAUGAGAGCGUUUACUUGUGUAAAUCAUUGUUCUGGAGUUAAUUUGUUUUAAUAAUUGCUUUUCACUCAGUGCAACAAGAAGAUAGUAAUGACUAACAAUUAUCAACAACACUGUAAAUAAGUACCUUUUUUGUGGCUACAUUUUUGCUCUUAGGUGCCUAAUCAAUGAAAAGAUUUACUUUGUUAAUUAAAAUCACUCUAACUGUGGUCAAGAUGUUUUUAUUUUACAAUUUUUUUUACAAAUAUCUUCUCUGGAACAAAUAUUGUGUUUGAAUAAAAAUGAUCCACUCUGACUUAACCGCUCUUUCUACUGAUUUUGGAGGACUGCAAACACCUUGUUUUUUGUUUACCCAAAAGGAGGAAACAAUUCUCUAAAACAACAUUUUUUUUCCGAGCACAUGAAGACUUUUUCUCAUUAACAUGGAUUGAAAAAUCUGGAGAUCUGUGAUAAUGUGGAGUUUGAGUCUUC